GUGGCCGGAGGAGGGUGUCCAGGAGGCGGCGAGCCUUUAGUUUGGGGGAGGCAGGCCCAGGCAGGGCCCGCGUACCUCCCCACCUCUCUUCCCUGGAGAAGUGGCUGCGGGGCGGAGGCGGGCCGGGCCUGGCGAGGUGCGGUGCGGUUGGCAGUUACAGCUGGCUGAGUGGGCCCUCUCCUCUCUCCCCAGACCCUGUCUAGGAGCCGGGCCCGGCGACGCAGGAAUGGCCCCGAGGCCUCCGACGGCCAGGCCCCAGACCACUGACUGUCCGUUAUGUACCAAAAUGGUUCUGACCUCUGGAGAUUCGAAGGCGCCUGAGACAAGGUCUUGACCCUCUAGAAGCACAGUGAACAAUAGGAAUCAGUGACAUUUAAAGAUGUGGCUGUGAACUUCACCCAGGAAGAAUGGCACCACAUGGAUCCCGCUCAGAGGCGCUUGUACAGGGAUGUGAUGCUGGAGAACUAUAGCCACUUGGUUUCUCUUGGAUAUCAAGUUUCCAAGCCAGAGGUGAUCUUCAAAUUGGAGCAAGGAGAAGAGCCAUGGAUAGCAGAGGGAGAAAUCCAAAGACCUUUCUGUCCAGACUGGAAGACCAGGCCUGAAGCCAAAUCUUCAAAUCUGCAGCAGAGCAUAUCUGAAGUAUCCCUUAGCACAGAUGAUCCCUCAUGUGCCACGUUAGAAGACACUUGGGAUGUUAAUGGCCAGUUAGAGAGGCACAAGGAAAACUGGAAGAGACAUUUGGGGCCAGAUGCCUCCACCCAGAAGAAAAUAAUCACACCAGAGGAAGCUUGUGAGCAAAAUAAAUUUGUUGAAAAUUCUAGAUUGAACACAGACCUGGUUACACAACUGAACAUUCCUCCAAGGUCUAAUGAAUGUGAUACAUUUGGGAGCAAUUUGGGACAUAAUUCAGACUUACUUAGUCAGAAUAAUAUCCUUGCAAAAAAGAAACCUUAUAAAUGUAAUAAAUGUAGAAAAGCCUUUAUUCAUAGGUCAUCACUGACUAAACAUGAGAAAACUCAUAAAGGAGAUGGAACUUUCCCCAACAGUACAGAUCAGGGAAUUUAUCCUGGAAAGAAACACCAUGAAUGUACUGACUGUGGGAAAACCUUCCUCUGGAAGACACAACUUACUGAGCAUCAGAGAAUUCACACUGGGGAGAAACCCUUUGAAUGUAAUGUGUGUGGGAAGGCCUUCAGGCAUAGCUCAUCCCUCGGUCAGCAUGAGAAUGCUCAUACUGGAGAGAAACCCUAUCAGUGUAGUCUCUGUGGGAAAGCCUUCCAGCGCAGCUCCUCCCUUGUUCAACACCAGAGAAUUCACACUGGAGAGAAACCAUAUCGAUGUAACUUGUGUGGUAGGUCGUUUAGGCAUGGCACAUCCCUCACUCAGCAUGAGGUCACACAUAGUGGAGAGAAACCCUUCCAAUGUAAGGAAUGUGGGAAAGCCUUUAGUCGAUGUUCUUCCCUUGUCCAGCAUGAGAGGACUCACACAGGAGAGAAACCUUUUGAAUGUAGCAUAUGUGGGAGGGCUUUUGGUCAGAGCCCAUCCCUUUAUAAACAUAUGAGGAUUCAUAAGAGAGGCAAACCUUACCAAAGCAAUAACUACAGCAUAGAUUUCAAGAGCUCAUCUCUUACUCAAGGUGAAAACACUCUCACUGAAGUGAAAUCCUAUCAUUGCAAUGAUUGUGGGGAAGACUUCAGCCACAUUACAGACUUCUCUGACCAUCAGAGGAUCCACACUGGAGAAAACCCCUAUGAUUGUGAGCAGGCCUUCAGUCAACAACCUGUUUCUCAUCCUGGCGAGAAACCCUAUCAAUGUAAUGUAUGUGGGAAAGCUUUCAAAAGGAGUACGAGUUUCAUAGAGCAUCACAGAAUUCAUACUGGAGAAAAACCCUAUGAAUGUAAUGAAUGUGGAGAAGCCUUCAGUCGACGCUCAUCACUGACUCAACAUGAGAGAACCCACACUGGAGAGAAACCCUAUGAAUGUAUCGACUGUGGUAAAGCCUUCAGUCAGAGUUCAUCCCUCAUUCAGCAUGAGAGAACUCACACUGGAGAAAAACCCUAUGAAUGUAAUGAAUGUGGGCGAGCUUUCCGAAAGAAAACUAAUCUGCAUGAUCAUCAGAGAAUCCAUACUGGAGAAAAACCCUAUGCUUGUAAGGAAUGUGGGAAAAACUUCAGUCGAAGCUCAGCUCUUACUAAACAUCAGAGAAUUCAUACACGAAAUAAACUCUAGGAACCUUGAAAUUAGGGAAUGCGCCAAAAGCUUUAGCUAAAAUAUUGUUCUAUUCAGUAUCAGAGGAUUCUUACUGGACAGAAAGCUUGAGAAUGUAAUGAAUUGUGUGUGUGUAUGUGUGCACAUUGUGUGUGGAGAAAGCUCUGUGCUAGCAGACAGUGUUUUUUUUAAUAAAAGCCACAUUCUCUGGGA